AUUACUAAUCUCCAUUAUUUAUAGUUGCGUAAUGUUGUGUUCUUCUAGCUAAACAUCACAUUGUGCUGAGAAACUGUAAGCAACAAGUUUUCUAGCCAGAAGAAUGUUGUACGUUUUAAAUCUUUGAGAUUGCAAAAGUGUUUUUGGAUGUUCAAACCUGCGAGUGAAGAAGCUGAACCCUUUCCCCGGCAUCCAGCAGCUCCUGCUCGGCCAGCUUGCGACUCCUCUCCGUUUGCUCUAGGGCAGCUCUGAUUUCCUCCAUUUCUGCCUGCAGGAGGUUGCUCCUGCGCUCGGCCAUGGCAACCUGCUCCUUAAUGUCCUCGUUGCUUCUCAGCACAUCAUCGAGCUGAAUCUGGACCUCCUGAGUGGGAUUACAAAGGGCUCAUUGAGAGUGCAGACCUAAUGUUUGCUGUAUGUUAUUGUUUUAUUAACUUGUUAGCUGAGUGAGUAAAUAUUUUAUAGUAAUUAUAGAAAUAUUUUUUCACUAAUUUAACUGAAUGGAUGAACAUUAAUUUAAGUAGGUUAUAGAAACAAAGUGCAUUCACAUAAUCAGCAGUCAGAUAGGAUGUACUAUGCUGGGAGUGCAUGUGCUACUUUGUACAGAAAAAGGUGCUGAUGAGUCCUACCACGUCAGCUAAGAUGCAAUUCUCAGCUGUUGUCAUGACACAUAUCACCUUAUUCCUUCUCAUAACGAACACAUAAGGGGAGGUGAAAUUUGUUUAAGUUACUAAAGUGGUCCUUGUGGCUUUAUUAAGAUGCAGAGAAUUUCAUCUCCAACAAUUUUCUGACAUACUUUGCUCACCUUCAGCUGAACUUGAACGUUCCUCAACUGUUUCUGGGCCUCUGCUGCUUGCCUGUUGGCAUGGCUCAGCUGGAUCUCCAUCUCGUUGAGGUCUCCCUCCAUUUUCUUCUUGACUCUCAGCGCGUCAUUCCUGCUCCUCACUUCAACAUCCAGGUUGCUUUGGAUGAUGUCGAUGGUCCGCUGACUGUUUCUCUUCAUUUGCUCGAGCUCUUCAUCCUUCUCAGUUAUCUUCUUGUCCACUUCACUCUUCACCUGGUUAAGCUCCAGCUGGACUCGCAGGAUCUUGGACUCCUCAUGUUCCAAGGAGGCCUGCAUGGAGACAAUAGUGGUCACAAGGAACAAAGAUGGACAAUGUUGUGGAUAACGUCUGUUCACCUCAGCUUCCUCCAGAGACGUCUGGGCCUCCAAUUUUUCCUGCUCAGCCUGCUUCUUGGAUUUUUCCAACUCAUGGAUGUUUUUUCCCAUUUCUCCCAGCUGCUCAGUGAGAUCCAAAAUCUCCUCUGGAAUAAAAACACCAACGUUGCUUCGGCAACGUCCAUGUAUAAAAACUAUGUACGACUCAGUGAAGGCCUUACGUUGUAGGUUCUUGUUUUCCCGCUUGAGCGUCUCCACUUGCUCCAAACAUUCUUCAAACGCAUUCUUCAUCUUGAAGUUCUCGGUGCCCAAAGACCGCACUUCUUUGAGAGCUGACUCCAGCUCUACCUGACUCUCCUCGUACUUCUGCUUCCACUCAGCUAAAACCUGCAGGAAGAUGAUAGAAGACUUAAACCUAAACGUGACCAUGAUGAUGUUAAUCUCUGUGUAGCAAGGUCUAAAAAAACAAAACCUUAUCAAAAUUUCUCUGCCUCUUGUCCAAAGUGGCGGCAGUGGCAUUGGACCUCUCGACCUCCAUCAUCAGGUCCUCCACCUCUCCCUGCAGCCUUUGCUUUGUCUUUUCCAGAGACGAGCACUUGGAGUUGACGGCUUCCAUGGCUUCUUCUGCUUCUUGCAGACGCAGUGCCAGCUUCUUCCUGCAAGAAAAAAAACACACCUUGUUAAAAGCCACAAGGCCCCGCUCCCUUGAUGAAGCAGUGUUUCUCACUUGGCUUCCUCCAGCUCCUCGUUACGCUGGAUGGCGUCCGUCUCGUAUUUGGUCCUCCACUGGGCCACGUCGCUGUUGGCCUUGGAGAGGCAGCGAUGAAGCUCAGCUUUGGCCUCCUGCUCCUCUUCGAACUGCUCCCUCAGCAGCUCACAGUCGUGUUGGCUGGACUGCAAGCCGUGGGCCAGCGCGCUCUUUGCCUUCAGGCAAAUGGCAGGCAUGGCAUAUCUUGUUUCUUCUGUCUCACGUGAUUAUUAUUUUUUUAUUUUUUUAUUUUAUUUUAUGCUCACCUUCACCAUCUCCUCGUGAAGCCUUUUCAGCUCCUCAAUCUGCUGAAGGAAGCCUUGCUUUCCCCGGGUGAACUGAGAGAGAAGAGCUUCCUUCUCCUCCAGGUGGCGAGACAUUUCAACUGUAGUGCGAGUGGAAACCAACAAUGACAACCAUGUUCACUUGAUACUGACAUGCUCAGGUCUUGUUUACCGUUUUCUGUCUGCAGCCGAGUGUUUUGGCUAGAAAGGUCGUUUAUGAGCCUCUGCUGCUCCUCCCCUUUGGCUUUGACCUCACUCAGUUGAUCUUCAAGGGAACGGCACAUUUUCUCUAAAUUAAUCUUAGAGGAAGAGGGUUUCCUGUUAGCAUGACGCGGUCAUCAUCCUUUAAUGAUAAAACAUGACACAGCGAUUUAACCCAGCCUCACUUUGGCUUUGGCCACACUCUCCAAAUUGCUGGACAGGUCAUCCAUCUCCAGCCUCAGCUCGCUCUUCUCUUUGUCCAGUUUCUGCCGGACCCUCUGGACGUUGUCCAGCUGAUCCCCCAGCUCGGCCACACUGUCAGCAUGCUUCUUGCGCAAGGCGGCGGACGUGGCCUCGUGCUGCAGUGAACGCUCCUCCAGCUCUCUACGCAGUUUGAGGAACUCUGCCUCCUGCUUCUUGUUCACCUCCACCUGAGCAGCAGUAGAUGCUCCGGCCUCCUCCAGCCUCUCCGUGAUGUCCUCCAGCUCUCGGGACAAAUCUGACCUCUGCUUCUCGACUUUGGCUUGAGCGGCACGCUCAACCUCCAUUUCCUCCUGCACAUUCAAGUACUCACACUUAGUCUUUUCAUUACAUAAGUGCACACGAGUACUUACACUUCAUCUUUCAAUUGCAUAAGUGCACAUUUUCGUACUUACACUUAGUCUUCCAUUUGAGACACAGCCUUCCUCACUUUACAAGGUGUUGUCUUCUUGUCUGUGUUUCACCCGUUUAGGAAAAGAGUUAGUAGAAGUAGAAAUGGAUUCCAAGGUAACAGAGGCGGAGAACGUGUGGGUAUGAAACACUUUUAGUCCUUCACCUUCUCAUCUUCAUGAAACAGUGCAAAGAUGUUGAGCGUGUGAGAGUUGCUUGACGUUGAGACGUUUAAGCGUGUCAUUCCUAGCUGCUAGAAGCUAACCAACCAUCCACUCAUGCAGGAUCAAACUUGUCAGUCCACAUCAUUCCAUGCAAGGAAGAACAAUGUCACCUUUCUAAGUCUAUCCUGCAGAAGAUGGACCCAACCUGGACCACCACAGUUCUCCUGGUGCCCUGCGUGGUGGUUCUGUGAAAGGGUGAUGGGUUUGUGUUGUUCUGAACAUCCAUUUCCCAGGAUACGAAUGUGAGAAAGGGUUUGUGUUGUUCUGAAUAUUCACUUCCCACUGUAUGUCUGCUGACCUUGCCUACCAGGUGCUUGAUACGAAUGUGAGAAAGGGUUCACUUCCCACUGUAUCUUGUUAUGGUCUUGAUACGAAUAUGAGAAAGGGUUUGUGUUGUUCUGAAUAUUCACUGAUACGAAUGUGAGAAAGGGUUUGUGUUGUUCUGAAUAUUCACUUCCCACUGUAUAUCUGCUGACCUUGCCUACCAGGUGCUUGAUACGAAUGUGAGAAAGGGUUUAUGUUGUUCUGAAUAUUCACUUCCCACUGUAUAUCUGCUGACCUUGCCUACCAGGUGCUUGUUAAAAAAUAGUAACUCUGCGUGCGAAUGCCUGAGUUUCGGGGCCGGCCACCCCGUUCUCACGCUCGCACGAACAGACUGGUAUAAAGAGGGGAGAGCGAAAACACCUAGACGGAGUCUGCUGCGGGUUGUGAUCGAACGCCCAGCCGAUUGACGCGAACUCUUCCACGGGUGUUGGCUCUCCACUCUGUUGGCGUAGGUUCUCACAGUCGGAAUGUUCUACGUGUAUACGCUGGUGCUGGGUCUGCUGUCCAAAAGCUCCGUACGCAACAAGGUGGUGCUGGUGAGCGACGCUUUGUCUGGCCUUGGCAAAGAAUGUUCCAGUGUCUUCCACAAAGACGGCGCCAGGUUGAUCCUGUGUGGGAAAAGCUGGGAGAAACUUCAGAAGCUUUCAGGCAACUUGGUGGACACCUCCGACCCCAGCGUGACCUUCCCUCCUAAGCUGGUGCUGCUGGAUUUUGGGGACAUGGAGAACCUCCCCGAGGCCAUGGCGGAGAUCCUGGAGUGUUACGGCUGCUUGGACGUUGUCAUUCUCAACAGCAGCAUGAAGGUCAAAGCGCCUGCACACACUUUGUCUCUGGAGAUGGACAAGCUGCUGAUGGACAACAACUACUUUGGACCCGUCAUGCUGGCUAAAGGUGUGCUUCCCUCCAUGAUGUCCCGGCGGUCCGGUCACCUGCUGGUGGUCAACAGCAUUCAAGGAAAACUGGCCGUGCCCUUUCGCACCUCCUAUGCCGCUUCCAAGCAUGCCGUCCAAGCCUUUUUUGACUGCCUGCGUGCUGAGGUGGAGGAGUUCGGCAUCUCUGUUAGCACCAUAAAUGUCACCUUCAUCAGUGGACGUGCGUCUGAACAGCAGACAGCCUCGUCCAAGUCCUUCUGGUCAUUUUUGUACACAAAAAAGCCGCUGGGCGUUUCUCCACAUGAGGCAGCCAGCGAGGUGGCCAAGAUUUUGAGCAACAAGAAGAAAGAGGUGCUGAUUGCACCCUCGCUCCCAAAGGUGGCCAUCUACGCCAGGUCCUUCUUCCCCAACGUCUUCUUUGCCGUAAUGUCAGCGGGUGUGAAGGAUGCAGACGGCAAAAUGUAGAACUGCUUUAUUCGGAAAAUGAAGAUGGAAAUAGUUUUGCUCAUUUCUAUAUGUCUACCUGUCUGAGGCUGAUUGAACUGAAAUUAUGUUUUUUGUUUUGUUUAUUAUCAGUGUGGCUGCUAUACCAAAUACCACCAUUCUAUAAAUAUAGUAUAUCAAAUUAUCAUGUGUUUAUAUAUAAUAAGGGCAUUUAAAAUAUGUGACUUACAUUUAGGAUAUAAAUAAACAGGAAUUUUACCUGGAUGUAAUUUUACCUGGAUGUAAUUUUUACCUGUAAUGUAAUUUGUAUAGCUUCAUGUAAAGGUCAUAUCGUUGCAAACGGUUGGCGUCCUCUAGUGGUGAUUUAAAAAAAAAGUACAUCUCCUUGCCUGGCGGUGUGUGUUCUU